CCAUAAGUGAUAAAACAUCUCAAAACCCUAAACCCCCAUUUCUCUUUUCCCCCAAAACCCUAACUCCCUCCGCCACCGCCACAAACCUCCACCAUGUCCGACGUCGAGCUCCACCGUUCAGAUAAGAAGAAAAAGAAGAGCAAGUCCAAAGACACCGACGCCACCACCGAAAACCCCGCCGCCGCCGAAGAUUACUUGAUCAAACCACAAAGCUUCACACCUGCAAUCGACACCUCCGAAUGGCCCAUUCUCCUCAAAAACUACGACCGAUUGAACGUCCGUACCGGCCACUACACUCCUCUCCCCUCCGGCUACUCUCCUCUGAAGCGUCCUCUCGCUGAAUACAUUAGGUACGGUGUCAUUAACCUCGAUAAGCCUGCUAACCCUAGCUCACACGAGGUUGUUGCCUGGAUUAAACGCAUCCUCCGGGUCGAGAAAACGGGCCACAGCGGCACACUCGACCCCAAAGUCACUGGUAAUUUGAUUGUUUGCAUUGAUAGAGCCACUAGGUUAGUUAAGUCCCAGCAAGGUGCUGGUAAAGAGUAUGUUUGUGUUGCUAGGUUACAUUCUGCUGUCCCUGAUGUUGCCAAAGUGGCCCGUGCACUCGAGACGUUGACCGGUGCGGUGUUUCAACGACCACCGUUGAUUUCCGCGGUUAAACGGCAGCUUAGGAUUAGGACCAUCUAUGAGAGUAAGCUGUUGGAGUAUGAUGCUGAGAAGCAUUUGGUUGUGUUUUGGAUUAGUUGUGAGGCCGGGACUUAUGUGAGGACUUUGUGUGUCCAUCUAGGGUUGAUUUUGGGGGUCGGUGGGCAUAUGCAGGAGUUGAGAAGGGUUCGGUCCGGUAUUAUGGGCGAGAAGGAUAACAUGAUUACCAUGCACGAUGUUAUGGAUGCUCAAUGGAUGUAUGAUAAUUACAGAGAUGAGAGUUAUUUGAGGCGUGUGGUUAUGCCGUUGGAGGUGUUGUUGACUAGUUAUAAGAGAUUAGUGGUUAAGGAUUCUGCGGUGAAUGCUAUUUGUUAUGGUGCUAAGCUUAUGAUUCCGGGUUUGUUGAGGUUUGAGAAUGGUAUUGAGAACGGGGAGGAAGUGGUUUUGAUGACAACGAAAGGGGAGGCGAUAGCGUUAGGUAUAGCGGAGAUGACUACCGCUGUAAUGGCCACUUGUGAUCAUGGUGUUGUGGCGAAGAUUAAGAGGGUGGUGAUGGAUAGAGAUACUUAUCCUAGGAAAUGGGGGUUGGGUCCCACUGCUUCGAUGAAAAAGAAGCUGAUUUCUGAAGGGAAGUUGAGCAAACAUGGAAAACCGAAUGAGAAAACUCCGGCUGAGUGGACGAGGAACGUUGUUCUUCCUACUGGUGGUGACUCUAUCGUUGCUAGCCUUGCUGCUGCACCACCUGCAGCCGCACAAGCUGUGGAGGAGGCUGCAGAGACCGUGAAAGUUGACAGUGAGAAGAAGAAAAAGAAGAAGAAGAAGAAGGACAAGGAUGACGAAGACGGUGAUGCAGGGGUUAAACGUAAGUUAGAAGACUUAGAAGUUGAAGAAACACCGGUGUCCAAGAAAAAGAAGGUUGAAGCAGAAGAGGAGAAGGCGGAAGGUGAGACGACAGAGAAGAAGAAGAAAAAGAAGAAGAAAGAUGGGGAUGCAGCUGAGAACGGAGAUGGGGAUAAAUCCGAAAAGAAAAAGAAAUCUAAAGACGCCGAAGAUGGUCAAGAAGCAAGCAAAAGUGAAAAGAAAAAGAAAAGUAAAGAAGCUGAAGAUGGUCAAGAAGUAAGCAAAAGUGAGAAGAAGAAGAAAAAGAAGAAAGAUGCGGAGGAAGAGUAGUUAUAAUAAGACGGAUUCAUGAAUUUUCAAGUUGAGCUUCGAAGUUCCUGAAUUAAUGGCUCCAUUGGUUGCUGCAUAUUUCUGGAGAUAACCACCAGUUUCAGGCAGCAAUUCUUUUCGAGUUGAAUGUCUAUGUUUUCUCUUUUCUGUCUUGUUUAAGGUGCUAUGUGUUUUUUAUAUGUUUGUAAGGAUUUGACUCUACUAGAGUUUUGAAAUUUUUGUAGUUUCUUGUUAGCAGCUUUUAGGGCA